AUGCCCCCAAGCCCUGCAGCGGGCCUACACUGCGCAGUUGCAAUCAUAAUAACUCGACACACCCUGUCGACCAGACAGGCUUACACAACGAGGCGCCAAAGGGGAGAGGUAUGCAGCACAUGGUCAGCGAGCGCGACAUGGGAUCCAAUCACCUAG